AUGGGAGAUCUCUCAUCCAACGGCAGAUUCAAACACCUUAGACCGAGCGAGUUAGGCGAUAAAGACUAUUGGGACACGACCUACCAGAAUGAGCUCGACAACGGCAUAGGACAAGAUGGGGACAGAGACAUCACUGCUCUGGACUCGUGGUUCGCAGAGAUAGACGCACCUAUAAAAGUGCUUGAAUUUCUUACCAACGAGGACUUUCCCCUGUCGCCAAACAAUACGGAGAGAAUAAUCGAGAGUCCAACCGUGCUUGAUCUAGGAACGGGAAAUGGUAGCAGUCUCUUCGAGCUCAAACUGGAAGGUGAGUAUGAUGGCGCCAUGUUCGGUGUAGACUAUUCGGGUCAAAGUCUCGAUUUAGCAAAACAGCUGUGGAACAAGCACCUUCAUCAACAAGAAGAGGCGGAGAAACAGCAACAGGGAACGAUCUCAUUUGAGCAGAUGGACAUCCUGAAAGAUGUACCGGAAGACAAGCCAUGGUGGCCUAAGGCAGGGUUUGAUCUUGUGCUCGACAAAGGCACUUUCGACGCGAUCUCACUGUCAGCAGAGACUGUUGAAUUGGAGGGUGCGAUGGUGCGGGUUGUGGAAGCAUAUCCAGGGAAGGUGGCACCCAUGGUCAAGCCAGGCGGAUUUUUGAUCAUCACGUCAGUGAACUGGACAGAGAACGAGGUGGUAAGGUGGUUCACAGAGAGUGUAGGCACGCAGGGCGUUCUUGAAGAAUUUGGGAGAGUUAAGUAUCCCGUGUACGAGUUCGGUGGUCGCAAAGGACAAGGCGUUGCUAGUGUUUGUUUCCGCAGAAUUGCUUCGUAG